AUGAACAGAUACGUAUUGUUAACAUUGGUAUUGGUUUGCAGCAAUGCUGUGAUGAGUGCACCUGCUUGCCCUUGCUCAGACACAUCGCUGUGCACACCACUCACGACGCCACCGCGUCCAGAGUUCUUUGGCUUCACGAUGAAUGCUGAAUAUGAACAAUUUGACUGGAGUAUCCUGACGACCGUUGCACUGUUUGGCGACAAUCCUCCUCAACUGGUAUGUGUCGCCCAUAGCCAUGAUGUGCGCUUGGUGGUCGGUGUCGGCUACCCCAUCGACCAGCUGGGCAACGUCACAGCACAAGACAUUUGGAUCCAGCAGCAGCUGGAGAUGGUCCAGAACAACUUCUACGAUGGCAUCAACUUUGAUGUCGAGGAACCCAUCUGGCCCGACCAGCCACUGACCAGCGCCCUGCUCACGGCUCUGAUCGCCCAGACCAACUAUGUGUUCAAGGCGGCCAACCCCAACUACCAGGUGACAGCCGACGUAGCCUGGUCACCCAACUGCAUUGACGGCCGCUGCUACGACUACUUUGGCAUGUCGCAGGCCACCGACUUCCUCGUCGUGAUGGACUACGAUCUGCGCAGCCAGGUGAUCACCGAUCAGUGCACAGCCUCAGCCAACUCGCCACUUGAUCUUGUCAUGCAAGGAAUGAUCAACUUCACCAACGUGGGCGUGCCCGUCGACAAGCUUGUGAUGGGCGUGCCAUGGUACGGCUACUUCUAUCCAUGCUUGGGCGACUCGCUCAACAUUGAGAACUUGAUCUGUCCCAUCCCUCUGGUGCCAUUCCGGGGCGUGAACUGCAGCGAUGCCGCCGGAAGACAGUACGGCUUCAACCAAAUCAUCGAGCUGCAGUCCAACGAAUCGAUCGUGCAGACUGGCGAGCUGUGGAGCGCAGAGUUCUCCUCGCCCUUCUUCAACUUUAUCGGCGACGGACAGUUGUACCAGGUCUGGUACGACAACCCCGAGUCCCUUUCAAUCAAGGUGGCCAUGGCCAAGAAGAUGGGUCUGCGAGGUGUCAGUGUGUGGGCACUCGACUACGUCACAUCAUCCUCUCAGCCAACACCAUCCAAGAUGAUGUGGGAUGCCAUGGGAUCAUUCUUCUCC